AUGUCGCCUCAGCAAAGUCUCCAGCUCCAACUCAACCGUAAUAGUUACAGUUCCGAGCACAACUCUGAUGUUUAUUCAAAUGUGGCCACACCUAGUUCGCAUUCUUUCCUUGGGCCAUAUGAUACUCCUACUCCCGAUGUUUUCAACACAGGAUAUAGGAGCAAUCACACCCCGGCGUCUAAUCUUCCUACGGGUUCUAACUUUAAUACAGCAUCCGUGGCGCCGAUACCUAAUCGGAACGCUGAUUUCUUGAACCCAAGGUUUCGGGAGCUGUGGGAGGAGAACAUUAAGCUCAAAUCUGAGCUUGAGGCUCAGAGGUCGCAAGUUGCCCUACUGAAGAGGCUCCUUGAUCAGGGGGCCUCAGGACCAGGGCCUUCUGCUCCUCCGACCACCCAACAACCGGCACCCAUUUUCCAGACUGGCGAACAGAAACUUCGUUCCGAGAUCGACCAACUGAACCGUGAGCAACCCUUGGGACAGGAGCCGAGCAUGGCGGAUUACCUUUACCAGAACUGCACAUUCUGGGACAAGGAUAGUGUCCGAGAUCAGAACAACGAACGUGCUAACAACAACGAGCCAGCCCUAGAGAAGUGGGACUGGGUGACAACCAUCGACGGUGAUCGUGUUUCUGAUGAACGUUUGGAGGAGAUGUGGGGAUAUGCGACAGGACUAUUUGACCAGUACCAUUUUAACUUUCUUUCACCUAACCAGUGGAGCAGCAAGCAGCCAAUCGUUAAGGAACAUUGGCAGGCAAAAAUGUACCGGAAGUUUCCCGAACUUCGCUACUGCUCUGGCGGGUGGAAGGUGGAGAGGCUUGCGACGCUGAAGUACUUUGAAUGGCAUCGGAGCCUCAAGUCAGGAACAAAGCCCCGAUGCCCUAUAAUCUCAGCGCAUUUGGGACUUCCAUGCGAACCAUCAGGCUCCCAGAAGCGAAAGCGACGGGGUGGAGACCAUUCUCAAGCAAAAAAAGCCAAAGCUCUGGCGCGCGCCACUGCCUCCGCAAUGGAGACUGAAAGUUCUGCGACAACAACCCCCGUGCCUUUGAGCUCAACACCAGCUCCACCUGGCCCAACAUCUGCAACCGCCACAGCUGCACUUGAUACUGCCGCCAAAGCUGGUAGUGCAAAAGAACCGUCUCCAGGGCCCUCUGGUACAGCUAACAAAGAACCCCCUAAACUCCGUAAGGGGGAGUAUAUCGUUGAUGGCCAUGUGUUUUCCUACUCCCGUGACAAUAGCACCGCACCAGAUGAGAUGUUGCAACAAAACCACAACGAGGGAGAUGAAGACGACAGUUCGGACAUAUUCAAAAAUCUCGACAUCCCCCCUCCUGAGCACACUGUCCCAUUGAAGCCACAGGAUCCUUCCCAGAGCCCCGACCCCGCCGUUGUCAACCCUAAGCCAAAAAAGAAGGGCCCUAAGGAGAAGGUAGCCGAGGAGCCUUCGAAUGCCAUCACUGCUCGAAACCUAUUCUUAAUCGAUUACAUCGCUAUCCAUGGGCGUGUUCUUACCAAAUCCGAAGUCACCGCUGCGUUUCAUAAAUUACCGGGCUCUGUUGAGUUGAAAUACAAAUUUCUUGCCACAAGUCGGAAGAAGAACCAGGAGUUAGAGCCGGCCCUCGUGCCCUCCUCAAUACUCAAGGAGCACGAAGAAUACGAGAAGACGAAAGCCACACAAUCGGACCCUGCGUGA